AUGAAUACGGAUAGGGCGACGAGGGAGCCAACUUCGCUCCGGGAGACCCCGCUGCAACCGUCCUCCGGGAUGGCCACUGCUGGUUACAGGUCCGGGAAAUACACCCCAACGGAAUGGCGCUCCAACAACCACGCCAUCCUCCAGCAAGCCGCGACGGACCGUUACGAAGCCCGGGGGAUCCAGCAGACGUCCAAAACUAUUUACCAGGACACCGAGGCAGUCGUUCAGCGGAUCCAGGCCGGGGCAACGCGCAACUUGGGGGAGAGGCUACAGGAAAUCCACAUCUGGAAGUCGGAGCUUCAGCUCCACAUCGGGAGGCUCCUAUCCGAGACGGACUUGCUGGUGUUGCUGAAGAGAAGGCUGGAGAAGGCGCUGGACGCCACCGAGCUUCCGUACGCCAUCGCCACCGAUAACCUCACCUGCCGGGAGAGACGACGGGGACCUGACCUGGUGAGAGACACUGUUGAAGAGGAACUUCUCACGGAAGUGGACUUGAUCAGGAGCAUCCAGGCUCUUCUGAAGAGAACCGCUGACCAGGUGGUCAACCAGAUCAAGAUCAACAGAGAGACUAAGCUGAUGUUAGAGCUAGACUGGUCCGAUAAGUGCAAGGCCUACAAUUUGGAUGAUCAGUCUGGACGAUACAACAACAUGAGCAUGGACACGGAGCAUCACCACAGCUCAGCUGCCAUGCAGGAACAUGUGUGUGAUCCCACAUCUUGGAUAAAGUUCACUCAGGAUAACCUGUCCAAGGCCUCCCAGGAGGAACAAGCCACUAAGGAUCUCAGGGCACUAGCUGAGCGGGUGUUGCAAGAGAUAGCAGAGGACCUGAGAGGCCAAUGUUCCACUGUGGACGAGGCCUUCAACCAGCGUUGUAUGGAGGUGGCUGAGGCCAAAACCCAGUUGGAGCUGCACCUCACACAGAUUUUGGAGCAGAUUGGGGAUCAGGAGAGGAACAUUGUGGCUCUAGAGCAAGCCAUCCAUGACAAAGAGGCCCCCUUGAGAGUAGCCCAAUCCAGACUCUACCUGCGUUCCUUAAGACCCAACAUGGAGCUUUGUAGAGAUGACCCCCAGUUCAGUUUGGAAGGGGAGGUGGGGCAGAUUGAUGCAUCCCUGGUGUCCCUGCACCAGCAACUCAGCGAAGCAAGAGGCUCCCUUUCCCACUUGAAAGAGUCACGCAUGGCCCUGGUGAAAGACAUUAUGUGCAAAAGCAACUCCCUGCUCAUUGACAGGGACAAGUGCAUGGUCCACCGCAGACAUUACCCCACUUUAGUCACACUGUCAGGUCAUUGA